AGAUAUGGUAUACGAUUGGUCCUAUCAUUGAAUAUAUUAUGAUAUAUAAAAUUUGGAAUCAACUUAAUAAUGGUAAUACAUAAUAUUAUUGGUAAUAAAUGAGAUAUCUAAAUUCUUCAUUUAUAUUCUUUAAAAAGUACGUUAUACAACAACAUUUCACUAUAAUUUCGUUAGUACGUCGCUAGGUGGAUGCUCAUUCAAGUACAGCUUUUUACACAGUCAUUUGCCUAUCUGUUUUUAAACAUAGCGCUUUGAAUUAAGCUUUUCGAUUGGAGAAUCACGUUCAACCUCCUUAUUUCCGUAUCAAAAAUUUUCCAAGUUGACGUUGAAUAGAGAUUCUACGGGACAGUUUGCUCAAUUUCAUCAGUACCGUGUUUUGUAUGAAAAAUGACAAUGGACGUGCAAUUUACAUAAUCUAAAGGAGAACAAUCGUGUAUGGUGAAUAAUUAUGUGAGUGAAUGUGAAAGAGUAGCAUUAAAAAAAUGUUUCACCACGAAUACGAAAAACGGCUGUUAAAGUCAAGCAGCGAGAGCCAUAUAGAUAGUCUAGCAAGUCCUGGACUUCAUCCAUCAGUAUAUUUUUCGCCAACUAAAAUGAUGAAUAAUAGUUUCGAUCGAUUUAUACCAACACGGUCGGGCAAUAAUUACCAAACAACAUUUUCAAUGAUAUCAGAGAACAAUCGAAAUGGUAUAGUCACAAAGAAGACUCGCGAGAAUGGAGAAAGUAACCGCGAUGGUAUUGCCUAUUCUUGUCUCUUAAAAAAUGAACUGCUUGGAGCAAGCAUAGAAGAUGUAAAAGGACAAUGUGAAGAACGAAGAGUAUUAUCACCAGUGGUUACCAGAAAUCUUUUUAAAUACAUUACACCUACGAAAGACCACACAUUAUUGGAUCAAAGUUCACCUUAUUCUUUGUCACCAUUGAGUGCCAAAAGUCAAAAACUUUUAAGAUCCCCAAGAAAAGCAACAAGGAAGAUUUCCAGAAUACCUUUCAAAGUACUAGAUGCCCCUGAACUGCAAGAUGACUUUUAUUUAAAUCUUGUUGAUUGGUCUUCUCAAAAUGUUCUCAGUGUUGGUCUAGGUAGCUGUGUCUAUUUGUGGUCUGCGUGUACCAGCCAGGUGACUAGACUAUGUGAUUUAUCCAGUGAUGGUAAUAGUGUAACAUCAGUUGCUUGGAACGAAAGAGGAAACUUAGUAGCAGUUGGUACACAUUUGGGCUAUAUCCAAGUAUGGGAUGUAGCUGUGAGUAAACAAGUAAGCAAGUUACAAGGACAUAGUGCAAGAGUUGGAGCUCUAGCUUGGAAUGGUGAAGUUUUAUCAUCUGGUAGUAGAGAUAGGUUAAUAUUACAAAGAGAUGUUAGAACUCCUUGUGUUGUGAGUGAAAGACGUUUAGGAGCUCAUAGACAAGAAGUCUGUGGACUCAAAUGGUCCCCAGAUAAUCAAUAUUUAGCCUCUGGUGGAAAUGACAAUCGUCUUUACGUAUGGAACUUACAUUCCCUUUCACCGAUACAAACAUAUACUGAACAUCUAGCAGCUGUCAAAGCUAUCGCGUGGUCUCCACAUCAUCAUGGUCUUUUAGCUUCUGGUGGUGGUACAGCAGACAGAUGCAUUAGAUUUUGGAAUACACUAACCGGUCAACCAAUGCAAUGUGUAGAUACUGGUUCUCAAGUUUGUAAUUUGGCUUGGAGUAAGCACAGUUCAGAAUUAGUCAGUACACAUGGUUAUUCUCAAAACCAAAUUCUGGUGUGGAAAUAUCCCAGUCUAACUCAAGUUGCAAAAUUAACAGGACAUUCAUAUAGAGUUUUAUAUUUAGCUAUGUCACCAGAUGGUGAAGCUAUUGUAACUGGUGCUGGAGAUGAAACUUUACGUUUUUGGAAUGUGUUCAGUAAAGCACGUAGUCAGAAAGAAAAUAAGUCUGUAUUAAACCUCUUUACUAGUAUUCGAUAAAUUAUUAUAAAAAAAUUAUGAUAUUAUGUAUAAUACAUAAUAUAUGCACUAUUCUAGUAUUCUGAAAAAUUAUAAGAUAUACAACGUAUAUAACUAAUAAUUUACAAACAUUUAGUUAUAAGUAAAAACAUUUUGAAAUUUAUUAAGAUUAAGUUUAUAUGCACAGCCUAUUGUUCAUUAAUUUUUAUGUGCAAUAAGUUAUUCAUAAAAUCAUGCCCUUAUAAGGAAAAACAAAGAUCAUAUAUAAUUUUUAUGUAUUUUUCACACAAAUAUUUUUAUGUCCAAAGCAUUAAAAUUUAUAUUUCAAGAAUGCAAUAUCUAUUUUUUUAACAUUUUUUAUAUUUUAUCUUAUUACACAAUAUUACAUACAGAUAAUUAUUAAUUAGUCAUUUAUAUCUUUUAUUCAUUUUAACAAAAUUCAAUGACUAAGUAUUUAACAAUUUACUUUAGAUAUACAGUACUGUAAAACAUAAGGCAAAGAAAAUGGAAUAUUAUAGUAUUGUUGUUAAUUUUGAAUUGCAAUAUUGCAGUUUCUUUUAAGGGCAUAUUAUACACUGUGUGUGCGCGCGCCCGUGUGUGUGUGUGAGAGAGAGAGAGAGAGAGGGAGAUUCCAAAUAUUUAUAAUUUUUAAUUUUUUAUAAAAUCUACAGAUUUUCAAAGAAUAUUUCUUACAACCUUAUCAAAAUUUAUUAUAUAUAUGAAAUUUAUAUAGAAAAACUUAUAUAUAUAAAAAGGUUGUAUCAUAAUUAUCAGUUAUUUUUCCUCCAAAACGACUUAUAUUAAUUUAUAUUUUGCAGCAGCAAAUUGUACAAAUAAAUUGAAAUAUGAUUUAUAAAAUAAAUUCAUUUAUUUAUAUAAAAAUAAUAUAUUGAUAUAUACUUACCUGUAUAUUCUAAAAGAAAUUAGGAAACAGUUAAUAAAAAUACUAUAAACAUUCUAGUGCAGUAGAAUUUAAAAUUUAUAUUGUAUAGUUCUCAAAGAGUAUGUAUAAUCUAUUUUCCCAAAUCUUAAAAAAUACUUUAAAGUAUAUGUAAAACGAAAUAAAUAUAUUCUGACAUUAAA